GCGCCCGCCUCCGAGCCGACCAGCGCCGGCAGGGUCCCCACCUCCGCCGAGCUCUUCGCCAAGAUGGACAAGAACGGGGACGGCUUCGUUUCGCGUGCCGAGUUCGAGAACGCCGUCAACCAGGGACAGAUCACGCUGGAGAAGCGCCUCAGUGCCACCUACGAGGAUCCCGUGAACCAGUCGCAGCAGGUGCCGGCGAGGGGCCACUCCAUGCGGAACGUUACGGCGCCGGCGAAGAAGACCAAGCCAUCGGACCCUGCCACUGGCUGCUUCUCGUGCUUCGCGCCGCUGCCCGAGCCCAAGGACGUCGACGCCGUGCUCGUCGGGGCGGGCAUCAUGAGCUCCACGGUCGGCCUCAUGCUGCAGCAGCUGGAGCCCACCUGGAAGAUCACCUGCUUCGAGCGCCUGCACGCGGUGGCCCUGGAGAGCUCCAACGGCUUCAACAACGCGGGCACUGGCCACGCGGGCUUCAUGGAGCCCAACUACACCAAGGAACCGAAGAACCCAAAGAAGUGUGGGCGAAGAGCGCGGACAAGAAGGCCCCGAAGGUGUUGGAGACGGUGACGACAGAGAAGGUGAGUCACGUCUGUCAGCAGUUCAACACCAGCCGCGUGUACUGGAAGUCCCUCUUGGAGAAGGGGCUCCUGCCCGAUCCUGACACCUUCAUCCACCAGACCGACCACAUGGCUCUCGGGAUCGGCAAGGACCAGGUGGAGUUCAUCACGAAGCGCUACGAGGCCAUGAAAGAGAGGGACCAGUCCGGGCUCUUCGCCUCCAUGGAGUUCGCGGGCCCCGACGAGAAGGAGAAGCUUAUGCAGUGGGCGCCUCUCAUCGCGACGGGCCGCGACAAGAACGAGCCGAUUUGCAUGACGAAGGUGAGAUACGGCACCGACGUGGACUUCGGAGCUCUCACGAGGGCACAGAUGGACUCAUUCAUGCGCCUGGGCGGGGACCUCCGCCUCUUCACCACGGUGACGGACCUCAAGAAGGACAAGAAAGACGGCAAGUGGAUUGUCACCACGAAGAACACAAGCACAGGCCGCGGAGUGAGCCUGUACAAGACCCCCUUCGUGUACGUUGGGGCCGGCGGCUGGGCGUUGAUCAUGUUGCAGAAGGCUGGCGUCAAGGAGGUCAACGGCUACAUGGCGCUGCCGGUCACCGGCGACUGGGCCGUGUGUCAGAACCCAGACGUCGUGGCCAAGCACAAGACGAAGGUGUACGCGCCGGGCGCGCCAGGCGCGCCCCCGAUGUCCAUGCCGCACCUGGACUACCGCACCAUCGGCGGCAAGGAGAUGCUGCUGUUCGGCCCCUUCGGGUCCAUCACCCUCAAGUUUCUCCGCUACGGCAGCAACUUCGACUCCCUGAAGGCGCUGAAGCCCCACAAUAUCUGCUCCACGGUGGGCGCCCUCUCGAAGAACAUGAGCCUGGCGGUGAUGCUCAUGAAGGACCCGGGACGUCUUCAAGUCGGGCAGGGGCAAGCUGGCCGACAUCAGGCACUACUACCCGGAGGCGGACCCAGAGGACGACUGGACCCUGAUCCCCGCGGGCGUGAGGGCCCAGAUCAUCAAGAAGGACCCCAAGACAGGCAAGGGCAUGCUGCAGUUCGGGACGGAGGUCGUCACGAACGAGGACGGCGGCGACAUCUGCGGGCUGCUGGGCGCCUCGCCCGGAGCUUCCACCUGCGUGACCAUCGCGCUGGACACCAUCGAGAAGUGCUUCCUGUCGAACCCGAAGAAGCCGGAGAGUUCAAGGCCAGGUGGGUGCCCAUUCUGAAGCAGCUGAUCCCUGGCUGGUCGCCCGACUGCGCCGCCGGCGACAUGAAAGGCCAGACGCCGGCGGACAUCCAGCGGCUGUACGAGGAGACGGGCAGGGCGCUGAAGGUGAGCCCGAUGUGA